AAGAUAAGUUCAUGUCAAUAUUUUAAAGUUUUACCUUUACUCGUGCACAUGUAUAUACAAAUCUAUUUUACCAAAGAAUCUUUGUUUGGUUUUGCAGUUUGUUGCUUUGUUGGUUUUCGUUUUACCAUUCAGUUAAGUGAAGUGAAAAGAGAAACACACAGAUGUUUUUUGACAGACAUAUGUAUGAAGAAAAUUACGAUUAAUUUAAAGGAAACUGUACUUAAUACCAUCAGCCAUGCCAUUGCGUAUAGCUACUGCAUGUAAAGCUUUGUCUCGGAAAAAAUUUGUUCCUGAUGAUAAUCUGCAAAAAACUGAGCUAAACCGGUGCCUAUCAACGUGGGAUCUUACAUUUUUAGGUGUUGGAAGUACAUUAGGACUUGGAAUUUAUAUUUUAAUAGGACAAAUAGCCAGUGAAACUGCCGGCCCUGCUGUUGCUUUAUCAUAUUUCAUAGCUGCCGUUGCUUCUGUAUUUGCUGCACUUUGUUAUGCUGAAUUUGGAGCAAGAGUACCAAAAGCUGGAUCUGCCUAUGUGUAUAGUUAUGUUACUGUGGGAGAGUUCAUGGCUUUUGUCAUUGGUUGGAACCUUGUUUUGGAGUAUGUGAUAGGUACUGCUUCAGUAGCAAGAGGAUAUGGUGAUUAUAUCGAUUCUCUGAUUAAUGGGACUAUUGCUCGGCAUUUAAAUCACACUUUGCCUAUCCAUGUUAGUUACUUGUCAUCCUACCCAGAUUUUUUGGCUUUCGGUAUAACACUUUUGUUGACAGUGAUGCUUGCAUUUGGAGUUAAAGAAUCAACCAGGUUCAAUAAUGUCUGCACAGUCAUCAACCUUUUAAUUGUUACAUAUGCAGUACUUGUGGGAUGCUUUAAGGCAGAUGUACACAACUGGAAAUUGAAACCGAGUGAAGUUCCCGCUGGUCAUGGAAGAGGAGGCUUCUUCCCAUUUGGAUUUCAUGGUGUCAUGACUGGAGCAGCAACAUGUUUUUAUGGAUAUGUUGGAUUUGACUGCAUUGCAUCAACAGGUGAAGAAGCUAAAAAUCCCCAGCGAUCUAUACCUAUAGCUAUUGUUAGUUCACUAAUGAUAGUUUUCUGUGCAUACUUCAGUGUCUCUACGAUACAGACAUUAAUGUGGCCCUAUUAUGAUCAAUUUGUGGAUGCCCCUUUACCUUAUGUAUUUGAAAUGGUUGGCUAUCCAGUUGCCAAAUGGGUAAUAAGUAUUGGAGCUUUAACUGGUUUAUCAACCAGUCUUUUGGGUGGUAUGUUCCCUCUACCUAGGAUAUUGUAUGCAAUGGGUAAUGAUGGCCUAAUAUUCAGAUUUUUGGCAAAAACUCAUCCUAAGUUCAAGACACCUAUGAUUGCUACUUUUAUCUCAGGAAUCUUUGCUGGUGUCAUGGCAAUGAUGUUUAAUGUAAAAAUGCUAGCUGACAUGAUGUCUAUUGGCACUUUGUUAGCAUAUUCCUUAGUUGCUCUUUCUGUUUUAAUUCUUCGGUAUCAAAUCCAUGAGGAACGUAUUCCAUUAGCACCUUUAAUGUUAAAUGGGCACAUACCGUCACAAAGUAGUAUCAUGGAAGGAUCAGAGAAUUUGGAUAGUUUAGAUGCUUCUCUAGUCACUGAAAGUCCUUACUAUAUUAAAAGAAUGGCUAAGAAAAAUCUGAAUGCCAUCACUUCAUCUACAAACACAAUGCUGGCAUCUACUCAGCAUUAUUCAAGUAAAGAUGUUCUGUUACAGAUUUUCAACAUAGAAAGAAUAGAAGUACAAACUGCACUGUCAUCAAAAGUCAGCAUGUGGAUACUUGUUGUUUUAGUUGUAUUUGUCACUGUGAUGGAUAUUAUCUUGGCAACAUUUGAAGAUGAGUUAUUCAACUUGGAUGUUGGUGCUUCAGCUACUGCACUGAUGAUGCUCAUAUUAGUGAUUAUUACUACCUGUGCACUGGCUCGACAACCAUCUGAUCAACAGAAACUCGCCUUUAGGGUUCCAUGGGUUCCUACAGUUCCAGUGUUAAGCAUAUCUGUAAAUUUUUAUCUGAUGCUGAAAUUGCCACAGGCAACGUGGUAUCGUUUCUUGUACUGGAUGAUUGCUGGUUUAAGUAUUUACUUUGGCUAUGGUAUCUGGAACAGCAAUGAACGGAAACUUCCCUCUGCCCAGUUGCCUCCUGUGAUUGAAGGCUCAUCUUCAGAAUCAGAGUAUGAGGAGAGGAAAACUGAAAUUUCGCCUCUCUUAUCGGACAAGAGAUGAUUUUUGGUUUCACUUUCAUGAAUUAACAAAAUGACUGCAUAUACCACCAGUUACCUGAAUUUGAAUUUCGGUGACAAACUGAAUUGGUGUUUUAAAUGUGAUACAUGUUUUAUAAAUAAUUUGGUCAGCAGAACUCAGCAUGUAAUAUUUUUUUCAUCAUGUCUUCCUUUUUUUAUGAACUUUUUGGUCUGUGAAGUUUUGUACUUAUAAGAGAAAGACUGUCUUCUUUUACAUUCCUGAACAUUGAAACAAAUUUAAAUGGAUGUUUAUUAUAUGGUGAUUUUUUUAAUUAUUUAUUUAAGAUAAUGAUUUGCCAGGGGGGUCGAAAAGAUGUUUUUCUCAUUAUUAUUUUUUUUUGUUUUGUUUUGUUUUAUUGCAUACCAUAUUGUAAUCAUAAGUAUAUGUAAAUAUGAGUAUUUUUAUAUAAUUUUUAAGGAGUGAAAAAAAAGAUGACUAAUUUUUUUACAUUUAAUUUGACAUAUAUUUCACGCUUUAAUAAAUUUGUGAAAACUAAAUUUUUUCUGAAUUUCAAUUUUUUAAGAAAAUGAAGACUAAUAUUGUAUAUUUUAUAGCUAUGACCAUGUGAAUAUUGUAUUUGGUAUGUAUUAUAAUGUAUAUAAUUCUUUGUAUUUAUUUUUUUAUAGCAGGAAGUUAAUGUAAUUAGUUUUUUAGUAUUAAUUGAAUCUUAUUAUUAAUGUUAACUUGUAAUUUAAUAAUUUAUGAGUUAACAGUGAGGCAGAAUUUUAUGAAAUAAUUUUAUAUUUCUGAGUCUCUGUUUAUGACAUCACUUUCAUAUAUUUUGAAAUUAAUUGACCCUGUGAAGGACAUGGCUGUUUAAUGUUUGGAUAUUUUUAUGCUCUUAUUUAAAACAAAAUAUCUUGCUGUGCUUUUUAAGUGAUACAGAAAUUAUUCUCUUAAAUGUAUUCAAAGAUCAUACUUCUGACUGAAUAAUAAUUUACAAAAAUGCAAAAAUUAAGAUAAUUUUGUGUAGGAACUUUGUAUUAUGAAUUAGUGUAUAUUGUCAUCUGAAGGAUAAACAAAGUUCAUUUAAUUAUUUAAAUUUUUAGAAAAACUAAAUGUAGGCAUAAAGUGUGUAUUUUUUAAAGAUUUAUGUACUAGUUUUAGAUAUACUGGUAAAGCUUAUAAACAAACCAUGUUCUCUUCUAAUUUCUUAUUUAUUUUUUAUUUUCUAUUCAGGAAAAAUGUUUACCAUGUCAUAGUAGUCAGGAAGAUGUCAUACUUAUUUUUAAAAAUGUUAGAUAUAAAAAAUGACCAUGGGUAUUAAAAAUAUUAAUAUCUGUAAAAAAA